CUGUGCUGACUAAACCCGUUGUUUUUUUAUUUUGCAUUUCAGCGACCGACAUUUCAAAUUUUCUUUUAAUUUUGUAGUAAAUCAAAACUUUCUUGAUGGCAAAAUUAGAAUUAGGCUUUUCAUGUUCUUUGCUAGUCCACUGAUUGGUACUUUAGUUGUUAAGUUGUAAGUUGUGAUGUUUUAAAGCAUUCUUCUUUCUUGGCUUAAGCUAUGCCUUCCGACGGCGUAAAACGGAGGAAACAUAACGUAUUCAUUAUGGCUUAAACGCAGCAUAGCUGAAAAAGAACUUCUUCUUCUUGUUUCAACAAACUCACUUUUGAGCUCCGAACAAACUAACGUUGUUUUCCUAUUUAUGUUUUGCCAGCUUAGAAAUUGCUACCAGGGAGAAAAGAGAAUAACUAUGGCCGGUUUUCGCCUCAAGUUCAUUUCACCUCGACUCAUCAGAAGUACCAAAUUCCUAUUAAUACUAUUUUUUGGGAUAAUAAUAUUUUUCACCAAUCUUUACUUUCUGAAACUUUCUAAACCAACGGAAACAAUAAUGCCAACAACAAAGUGGGAAAAUAAAGAAGAGAAGGAAGCUACCUUCCAGUUGAUUUUCAAAACGACCUCAACUAUCCAAAGGAAGAAUUCAACGACAACGACAAUCUCUCCAAAGACAUUAGCAAGUCGCCUCACUUUAAACUCUAGUUUCCCUGAGAAUCAAAAUACAUUUUGUGCAAAUAGAAUACAUGUAAUGGCUGGUGCGACAGUCCUCUUGAAAGACAUCACAAUAAAACCAAAGCUGGGCCACGCUAAAGUCCUUGAAGUCAAAUUGGAUCGCCCAAAUGAAGAGGAUGAAUUUUUCAAGUUACAAAAAGGCUUCUUCACAUUGUACUGCGGUGGUGAUGUGAGCAAAGUGCAGGAGAAAUUAAAUGAAGCCAGAAAGUACAAUGCGUUAAUCGGUUGGAUCGCUUCCCUUGAAGUUGCAAAUCCUUCGCUAGUUUCGCUUCUUCGAAUGAAUCAGUCAUUUCAGGCUGGCCAUUACUUGGCAAUUCAAAGGGCCGAGUAUGCCAAUGUUUACUGGACAGUCAUUGAUAUGUUAGACAUCUUCAUCACGACACAACGCAUGGGAAUCGAACCAGAGAAGCUUAACAUCGUUCUAAUGGAUGCUCAUCCUGCUACUCCAUUGGACCCCUUCUGGAGUGUGUCGUUCCAGAGGCUGAUAAAGCUCGGCGUCGAUCGCGUUUUUACAGAAUCAGACAACGUUGUGUUUGAAAACAUGGUUUGGAGAUAUCCACGGGUGAAUUGCCCUUUAUUGGAUAAGAAUCUCAAGUCUCUUGAUUACAUACAACCUUUCAGGGCGUUUGUGCUGAAGAGAUUUGGCAUUCCAUCGAAAUCGCCCUUGCGAAACUGUAGUCAGCCGCACAAACUAAACGUUCUGGUAAGCUUCAGAAGAGAUUACCAGAGCCAUCCGAGGAAUUUAGAUGGUACAGUUGACAGAAAAAUUGCCAAUGAGAAAGAUGUCAUAAGUGAAAUGGAGAAAAACUUUUCCUCACAACUGAACAUAACCAGUGCCCAGUUAGAUGAAUUUCCAUUGAAACGACAGUUGGAACUUGUUGCAUCUGCAGACAUUUUCUUCGGAAUGCAUGGAUCUGCUCACGGAUUUCCCAUUUUUANGAGAUUACCAGAGCCAUCCGAGGAAUUUAGAUGGUACAGUUGA